AAAGAAGGUUAUCUUAUCAUUGCAAGUAACAGAUUUCUUUUUUCUCAAGCUGAUGUAGAGCAGUGGUAGGCAAUUGACCGUGUACGAUCGUCUUAUUAAUUGUCUUACGAAUUAGCAGUCAUCAGUUGCUUCACGGCCAGUACAGAGAGAUGUCUACAUGGUGGAUCCAUUGCUGUGUUCUGUACUUGCUUCUGGGCUUAUCCGCAGGAAAGGAAAAAUAUGACGACAUAAGCAUAAGUCAACGAGACGUAGAUCCCUGUGUGACUCACGGUGUUCUGGACCAGGAGUGGAGAAGUGAGAAUAAUGCAAAAAGCACCGAUAAAAAUGGGACAACUCAUUGUGAUCAAGCAGAUAGAUCUGACAUAAACUUCCCCGGGUGGUUCAGAUUCAAAGGCAAUGCUGGGAACAGAAUGCCAGAAAAGUGCCCAGCGUCCGAGGACAAAUGCGGAACUAGUGCUCCCAUGUGGUUGAACGGUAAACACCCAGCAAUAGGGGACGGCGUGGUCAGUAGACAGGCAUGCGCGUACUACUCUGGUGGCUGUUGUCACUGGUCAUCUACAGUCAAAGUUAAGAUGUGCCCUACAGGAUUCUAUGUGUACUAUUUGCCAAAUACACCAGUGUGUUCUUUGGCAUAUUGCGGUGAAUAUCACGACCUGUGUCUUGAUAACAACGGAGGAUGUUCCCACUACUGCUCCAUGGAUAACUCUACAUUCAGCGCUGUUUGUUCAUGUCCGAAGGGUUUUCGUCUGGGAAAGGACCAAAGGACGUGUGAGUAUCACGACCUGUGUCUUGAAAACAAUGGAGGAUGUUCGGACAAUUGCUCCAUGGAUAACUCUACAUUUACUGUCGUCUGCUCGUGUCCGGGUGGUUUUCUGUUGGGAAGUAACAAUCACACGUGCGUAAAAGACGAGUGUACAGUGGAUAACGGGGGUUGUAGUCAUAUCUGUGUCCACAGAGAAUACAAUGACCACCGCCAUUGUCAGUGUCCGGUGAAAGGUUUGGUGCUAGAGCAGGACGGAAGAACAUGUCAAUCCCCCGAUGUCACCGUAACCUGCACCGACCAACACCUGCAGUUGGACCUGCUUCGUUCGGCAUUCCACGGUCUCAAUGAGAGCCAGCUUCAGUUGGCGGACCCUUCGUGCCAAGGCACAGGCAAUCGUACUUUCAUCACGUUCAAGUCACCCCUGCACGGCUGUGGCACGAGCAUGAAUUUCACCAACUCCUCGCUCGUGUAUUCCAACAUCGUGUCUACCAGGCCCAACUACCUCUCCCUAAUGAGUGGUGUCGUCACUUGGGCCGGCACGGUCGAGGUUCCUUUUGAGUGCGAGUAUGCAAGGGACCACUGGAUCGCCCAUAGCUUCAAGCCAGUUGUAGAGAAACUGAGUUUCAAGGAAAAGGGUAGAGGAAACUUGACGUUCAACAUUCAACAGUUCCAAUCCGAGAAGUUUGCGACUGCAUUCUCCAAAAAGGACUACCCUGUGUCCGUGAAUAUUCGUGAUCACAUGUAUUUUGUGCUGAGCGUGAACACGAAGUCCAAGGAUGUGAAACUGUUUGCGGACGCGUGCAAGGCUACGCCCUCCUCCAGCCCGUUCGACUUCCUCCAGUUCAACUUCAUCAUUAACGGAUGUCCAGUGACAUCGGAGGUCAAGUUCCUCCCAAGUCAGGACCCAAGGGAGAUUCGCUUGAGUAUCCAGGCCUUCCAGUUCCUGAAAUCUUUUCCUCAGAUUUAUCUUCACUGCAAACUGGUCGUCUGCCACACUGCGGAUAUGACGUCACGCUGUACCAAGGGCUGUGUGCAAGAUGAUAGCCCAGGGAAGAGAAGGGCGGAAACUGUCGACGAUUUCCAGAUAUCUGAAGGACCGUUCCAUUAUAUCGUUUACUGACG